AUGAGAAAGAAGAAUGAUGACCACAUGUUUCACAAAUUCUUUUAUAUGCUGAAGCAGAUACACUUGAACAUACCUUUGGUGGACAUGCUCCGUGAGGUCCCAAAAUAUGCAAAAUAUAUUGAGGAUAUAGUGGCAAAUAAGAGGAGGUUAACUAAAUUUGAGACCGGAGCACUUACCGAGGAGUGCACUUCCAGGAUUCAACAUAAGCUUCCACAAAAGCUUAAGAUUUUGGGUAGUUUUACCAUCCCCGUGGGGAUUGGUGAAAUUGAUAUGGGUAGAGCCUUGUGUGAUUUGGGUGCAAGUAUCAAUUUGAUGACGUUGUCAGUGUUCAAACAAUUGGGAUUAGGAGCUCCGAGACCCACCACGGUCCUGCUAAAGUUAGCUGAUAGAUCUUAUGUUUAUCCUGAGGGGGUAAUUGAGGACGUCUUGCUGCACAUAGGGAAGUUUAUUUUCCCUGCAGAUUUUAUCAUCCUGGACUACGAGGCUGAUGAGUUAGUUCCUGGAGAUGCCAUUAUCAAAGUCCGAGAAGUUGUAGAGCCAAGUGCAUUUAAAGAAGAUGCACUAGAAAAGGCAUUGAUGUUGUUCAAUCACUUGGAACUGGAAGAAGAGGAUGAGGAGAUGUUGCAAAUUUUGAAUGCAUCUUGUGAAUACAUAAGAGAAAGAUACCAGUUUGAGCCUCUAGAUAGGCCAAUCGGCCUUCCCCCUAGACCCUCAGUUGAGGAGGCUCCAAAACUGGAACUUAAACCCUUACAAUCUCAUCUUCAUUAUGCAUAUUUUGGUAGUUCUAACACUUUACCUGUGAUUGUUUCUUCUCAUUUGUCUAAAUUGCAAGAAGAAAAGCUCUUAAGGGUGCUGAGGGAGCACAAACAUACCAUUGGUUGGACAAUGUCUAACAUAAAAGGUAUUAGCCCUGCAUUCUUCAUGCACAAAAUACUCAUGGAGUAA